GCUGCGGCCUCCCCUGCGCGCAGCCACCCGGCGACCCGGCCCGCGGCCCCGCUGACCCCGGGGCCCGCGCCCCCCGCGGCAGGGAUGCAUCAUGGCCACGCUGGCUUGCAGGGUGCAGUUCUUGGACGACACGGACCCGUUCAACAGCACCAACUUCCCCGAGCCCAGCCGGCCGCCGCUGUUCACGUUCCGCGAGGACCUCGCGCUCGGCACCCAGCUGGCCGGAGUCCAUCGGCUGCUGCGGGCGCCGCACAAGCUUGAUGACUGCACGCUGCAGCUCUCCCACAAUGGCACCUACCUGGACUUAGAAGCCACCCUGGCAGAGCAACGGGAUGAGCUGGAAGGCUUCCAGGAUGAUGCUGGGCGGGGCAAGAAGCACAGCAUCAUCCUGAGGACGCAGCUGUCCGUGAGGGUCCAUGCCUGCAUUGAAAAACUGUACAACUCCAGUGGACGAGAUUUAAGAAGGGCCCUUUUCUCCCUGAAGCAGAUAUUUCAGGAUGACAAGGAUUUGGUGCAUGAAUUUGUAGUGGCUGAAGGUCUGACGUGUUUGAUCAAGGUGGGAGCUGAGGCUGAUCAGAACUAUCAGAACUACAUCCUGAGGGCUUUGGGACAAAUUAUGUUGUAUGUGGACGGGAUGAACGGAGUGAUUAAGCACGAUGAGACCGUUCAGUGGCUGUACACUCUCACUGGGUCAAAGUUCCGCCUGGUGGUGAAGACAGCCCUGAAGCUGCUGCUUGUCUUUGUGGAGUACUCGGAGUCCAAUGCUCCUCUUCUAAUUCAGGCUGUCGCUGCUGUUGACACAAAAAGAGGUGUCAAACCCUGGUCAAAUAUCAUGGAAAUCCUGGAGGAAAAAGAUGGGGUUGACACAGAGCUGCUGGUUUAUGCAAUGACUUUAGUCAACAAGACAUUGUCAGGAUUGCCAGACCAAGACACCUUCUAUGAUGUGGUGGACUGCCUGGAGGAGCUAGGCAUCGCAGCUGUGUCCCAGAGGCACUUGAGCAAGAAAGGAACUGACCUGGACUUAGUGGAGCAACUGAACAUUUAUGAGGUGGUGCUCAGGCAUGAGGAUGGUGACGAGACGGUGGAGCUGCCCCCCAGUGGGUGCCGGGACCGCAGGAGAGCCAGCGUGUGUUCCGGUGGCAGUGGCGGGGCUGAGCACCGUGGCCUCGAUUGCAGGAGGAGCCGCAGGCACUCUGUACAGAGCAUCAGGAGUCCCCUGUCAGCUCCCACCAGUCCCAGCUCUCAGUCAGCACCUGGCCUCCAGCCCAGUCAAGUGCCGGAUGUCCGUGAGAAGGAUGAGGAGGAGGAAGAGGAGCAGCCAGUCACGGAGCCCAAUUCAGAGGAAGAGAGAGAGAACGAUGCCCCCUGUCAGGGCAAGGACAGCGGCGAGUCCAGCCCUGCCUCUGAGCAGAACACCACUGGAAAGGAUGCUACUCCUGAGAGUUUGGCAUCCCCAGCUGCCUUGAGCGCCACCUCUCAGGGAAUGAGGCUUCCAGCCGGCAGUGCAGCGGGGAAUCCCCUGUGCAGCAGGUCCUCGGAGCCUGAGGCCACCUGGCCUGCGCUCCUGCCACCCCCAACCCCUGCCUCGGCUUCUCGGCCCUCUUCCACCACCCAUGGCUCCCUGAAAGCAUCGCCGACCAUAGACAAGCUGCCCUACGUGCCCCACAGCCCCUUUCACCUCUUCUCCUAUGACUUUGAGGAUUCUCUCUUAGUCACCAAAGAAAAGGAAGCAGAAUCCCAGAAGGAAAACAGAUACAGCAACUUCAGCAAGAACUCUUACCACUCCUCCAGACCCCCAUCGGGAUCCAGUGUGCCCACCACCCCCACAUCAUCCCUCUCUCCCCCACAGGAGGCCAGGCUGGAAAGGUCACCACUGAGUGGUCUCCUCACCUCGUCCUUUCGGCAGCACCAAGAGUCACUGGCAGCAGAGAGAGAGAAGCGGCGGCAGGAGAGAGAAGAAAGAUUGCAGAGGAUAGAACGGGAAGAAAGAAACAAAUUCGACCGGACAUACUUAGACAAGAGAGAAGAGCAGAGACAAGCAAGAGAAGAAAGAUACAAAUACUUGGAGCAGUUGGCAGCUGAGGCGCAUGAGAAGGAGCUGAGAAGCCGGAGUGAAAGCCGGGGCAGAGCUGACCUCUCCUUGGACCUGACCUCGCCAGCAUCCCCUGCGUCCCCUGCCCCUCUGAGCCAUAGCCCUGCAUCUCUAGACUCACAAGAGGCUCUCACAGUAUCCUCCUUCUCCCUGGAAACACCUCAGCAUCCCCAAGCGAGUGCUGGGCAUCCUGAGCCCGAACCUGAGGCAGAGCCAGGAGCAGAGGCAGAGGCGGGGCAGGUUGUGGACGAAGCCGGCCAGGACUUAGCCUCUGCCGGAGAGGGAGCAGAGGACGAAGUGCAGCCGGCGCUGGAGCAUGAGCCAGAGGAAAGCGCCUCCCUCAGUGAGAAAGAGAGGAAGAACGAGGAGGUGAACGAGAGGGACAACUGCUCCGCCUCCAGCAUCUCGUCCUCCAGUAGCACAUUGGAGAGGGAGGAGAAGGAAGACAAACUCUCCAGGGACGGGGAGACUGGUUUGUGGUCUGCGGGCAUUCAGGAUGCAGGUGUAAAUGGACAGUGUGGCGACAUACUCACCGACAAACGCUUCAUGCUGGACAUGCUGUAUGCCCAUAACAGAAAGUCUGCUGAUGACGAGGACAAGGAGGAGGGCGGGACCGGGAGGACUGAGCAGGAGGCAGAGGCGGUAGCCAGCCUCGCCGCCAGGAUAUCCACCCUGCAGGCCAACUCCCAGGCCCAGGAGGAGAGCAUCAGGAGGGUGGACGUGGGCUGCCUGGACAACCGGGGCAGCGUGAAAGCAUUUGCUGAAAAAUUCAACAGUGGGGACCUGGGGAGAGGCUCCGUCUCCCCAGAUGCCGAGUCCAGUGACAAGGUGCCCGAGACAGCACCAGGGCAGCUGAAGACGGAGUCCGAUUACAUCUGGGACCAGCUCAUGGCCAACCCGAGGGAGCUCAGAAUCCAAGACAUGGAUUUCACCGACUUAGGGGAGGAGGAUGACAUUGACGUCCUGGACAUGGACCUGGGUCACAGGGAGGCCCCGGGGCCACCACCUCCGCCCCCACCCACCUUUCUGGGUCUGCCACCCCCACCCCCUCCACCCCUGUUGGACAGCGUGCCCCCCCCUCCAGUCCCCGCUAAUUUAUUGGCUCCUCCUCCUCCAGUGUUAAAUGCUCCUCAGGGCUUAGGGUGGUCCCAGGUACCCAGGGGUCAGCCCGCAUUCGCUAAGAAAAAGAAGACCAUCCGUUUGUUCUGGAAUGAAGUCCGGCCAUUUGAGUGGCCGUGUAAAAACAACCGACGCUGCAGAGAAUUCCUGUGGUCGAAACUGGAACCCAUUAAGGUGGACACUUCCAGAUUGGAGCACCUGUUUGAGUCUAAAUCCAAGGAACUGUCUGUCACAAAGAAAACUGCUGCAGAUGGGAAAAGGCAGGAGAUCAUUGUUUUGGAUUCCAAGAGGAGCAAUGCUAUCAAUAUUGGUCUGACGGUGCUGCCCCCUCCAAGAACAAUUAAGAUUGCCAUUUUGAAUUUUGAUGAAUAUGCCUUAAACAAAGAAGGAAUUGAGAAAAUUCUAACCAUGAUUCCCACCGAAGAGGAGAAGCAGAAAAUCCAGGAAGCUCAGCUGGCCAACCCCGAAGUGCCCUUGGGCAGCGCAGAGCAGUUCCUCCUCACGUUGUCCUCCAUCAGUGAGCUCUCGGCUCGGCUGCACCUCUGGGCAUUCAAAGUGGAUUAUGAAACUACAGAAAGGGAAGUGGCGGAACCACUUUUGGACCUGAAGGAAGGCAUAGACCAAUUGGAGAACAAUAAAACCUUGGGCUUUAUCCUGUCUACCCUCUUAGCCAUCGGGAACUUUCUAAAUGGAACAAAUGCCAAAGCAUUUGAGUUAAGCUACCUCGAGAAAGUUCCAGAAGUCAAAGACACAGUGCACAAGCAGUCGCUUCUCCACCAUGUGUGCACCAUGGUGGUGGAAAACUUCCCAGACAGCUCCGAUCUGUACUCGGAGAUCGGGGCCAUCACCAGGUCAGCCAAGGUUGAUUUUGAUCAACUUCAGGAUAAUUUAUGUCAGAUGGAGAGAAGAUGCAAAGCUUCAUGGGAUCACCUCAAGGCAAUUGCAAAACAUGAAAUGAAACCAGUUUUAAAACAACGAAUGUCAGAGUUCCUAAAAGACUGUGUAGAGCGAAUUAUAAUUUUGAAGAUUGUCCAUAGAAGGAUAAUUAACAGAUUCCACUCCUUUCUGCUCUUUAUGGGCCAUCCGCCUUACGCCAUCCGGGAGGUGAACAUAAACAAGUUCUGCAGGAUCAUUAGUGAAUUUGCGCUGGAGUAUCGCACCACCAGAGAAAGGGUUUUGCAGCAGAAACAGAAACGGGCCAACCACAGAGAGAGAAAUAAGACCAGAGGGAAGAUGAUCACUGAUACUGAUGACGAGGAUGAAGUUGAGUCUGGCAAGUUCUCUAGCACUUCUCCGGGGCCACCAAGCCAGCCUCAGGGUCUGAGCUAUGCUGAGGAUGCAGCUGAGCACGAGAACAUGAAAGCUGUGCUGAAAACCUCUUCCGCCGUGGUAGAGGACGCCACCCCCGUGCUAGGGGUCCGCACGCGCAGCCGAGUGGCCCGAGGAACCACUAGUUCAUGGACUAUGGGAACUGAUGACUCACCUAACGUCACAGAUGAUGCAGCCGAUGAGAUCAUGGACCGCAUCGUCAAGUCGGCCACCCAAGUGCCCAGUCAGCGAGUGGUGCCGCGGGAGAGGAAGCGAUCCCGGGCCAACCGGAAAUCCCUACGAAGGACCCUGAAGAGCGGCCUAUCUCCAGAAGAAGCCAGAGCCCUGGGCUUGGUGGGCACCUCAGAGUUGCAGCUGUGAUGAUGCUCACUCGUGGGUUACCCUAAGAAGUAUGCUGAGCAAAGGGGAGCUCUUGCUGGAUGGAACUUCUCCAGCGGGGGAGCGGGGAGACUUGACAUCAUCAUCUGAUGGUUCGGGAAGGGAGCACUCGUUUCAAGGGGUCACCACGAGGCUUGUGUUUCCCAUGACGCAUUGACGUGGAUCUCCAGGAGUCUCCUGCACAUACCUUCUUCAUUGUGUCAGCUGUGUUUCUCUCAAUUCCUUGACACCUGGUUUAUUAGUUCCAAAGUGUGACACCUUUUCUGGGCUAGGAACAGCCCUUUUAAGGAGCAAAUCACUUCUGUCACAGUUAUUAUGGUAAUAUGAGGUAAUUUGAUUAGAUUCACAGACUGGGUCUCCACAACACCAAAAUAUCCAGAUGUAAACUCCAAACUUGUACACAAAGAAAGCACAGAUUGUUUACCAGUUGUGGAUUUUAGAUGUACUAAAUGUUUAUACAAAUUCAUAAAUGUACACCAUGAUUCAAAUACUAAAUAAACAGAGUUUAAUGUCAUAA